AUGGGAGAAAACUUGAAUUACGUACGCAAAAAUGUUAUUUCCAACAUCUUCAUAGUAGGAUCAGAUUUGCUGAUUGUUUUCAGACUGCAAAAAUCAUUGUAUUUCAUACUCCAUGUGAAUACCCAUUUUUUUGUUGGACAAAAAACAGACAGUUGGUUAUUGGGUUAUUCGUGUUUGUUCUCAAUUUCUCAUGUCGCUCUCUUCUCUGUCCAGGGAUACGGGUGCCAGGACGACACCAUCUUCUGCGGCGUCUUGCACGGGCACGACCAGUCGGGCCACUACGCCGCCAAGGCCGUCCGGGAGUCGCUACCGCAGUCGCUUCUGUGCCGCUGGCAGGAGGCCGUCGCGCUGGCGUCGCUCAUCGACGGCGAGAAGAGGCUCAGCAACUGCCAGUUUGACCUCUUGAGGCAGUCCUACCUGGCCGCCGCCGCCGCCGUGGACGAGGAGCUCCACCGGAGCCGGCGCCUCGACGCCUUCAACAGCGGCUGCACGGCUCUGUCCAUCGUGAAGCAGGGCGACCUGAUGGUGGUCGCGAACGUCGGCGACUCGUGGGCCGUCCGUGCGACCACGUCGGACGACGGGGACGUCACGGCCGUCCAGCUCACCAUCGACUUCAAGCCCGGCUUACCCCAGGAGAAGGCACGCAUCAUGCUGUGCGAGGGCCGCGUGCACUGCCUCGACGACGAGCCCGGCGUGCACCGGGUGUGGGUGCCCCACCGGGAGGCGCCGGGGCUGGCCAUGUCGCGUGCGUUCGGCGACUACUGCGUCAAGGACUACGGUGUCAUCUCGGCGCCGGAGGUGACGCAGAGGAGGAUCACCGCCCGGGACCAGUUCGUCAUCCUGGCCACCGACGGGGUAAGCGACAGAUUCUCGCACAGUCACCAAGUAUUUUCAUGA